GGGGAUCCGUGUUCACUGUAGAACGUUGAGCCACAGUCUACUUUCUCUUUGCCGUCGAUGACGAUAAUAUAGAAGUCUAAAGUAGUUAGUAAGUAGGUACCCAGAACUGGUGCCCACAUAUUUCACACAUUCGCGAAAUAUUAGGUAUGUUGGUGAAAACGAAAAAGCAUUGAACAUUAAUGUCAGCGAAUUUGGGAAUAUCAAGUGUUAGUUUUUGUGCGUACCUGCCGUCUUUAUGUUUAUUUAUGUUCAUCGUUUCGAGUGAAUUAGACUUUCAAUAAAAAGUUGAAAAAUUUCACCAAUGUGGAGAGAGAACAGCUGAUUCUCAAACAAUUUGGAAUGGCUAAUGCAUAUAGGAAUCUCGCUUCCAUUAUCUGCAUAAUCACUAUAUCUGUGGUUGUCUCAGGUCCACCUCAAAGUAAAAUCGAAAAACAGAGGCACGAUGGUUGGUUCAAUAACUUAGCACAUCCUGAGUGGGGUUCUGUUGACAGCCACUUGAUCCGUCGAUCCCCUUCAGCCUACUCAGAUGGCGUUUACAUGCUCGCUGGUCAGAACCGUCCUAGUCCACGCAAAUUGAGCCGUCUCUUCAUGAAAGGUCUUGACGGGCUGAGCUCUAUGAAAAACAGGACUGCCCUGUUGGCAUUUUUCGGUCAACUUGUCACUUCUGAAAUAGUGAUGGCGAGCGAAAGUGGAUGUCCUAUAGAAAUGCAUCAUAUAGAAGUUGAGAAAUGCGACGAAAUGUACGACAAAGAAUGUGAGGGAGGAAAACAUAUACCAUUUCAUAGGGCUAGCUAUGAUAGGCUCACAGGUCAGAGCCCAAAUAGCCCCAGAGAACAGGUGAACCAGGUAACCAGCUGGAUAGACGGUAGCUUCAUUUAUAGCACAAGCGAACCAUGGGUGAAUGCGAUGCGAUCUUUCAAAAAUGGUUCCCUACUCACAGACUCGACUGGAGAUAUGCCGAUCCGGAAUCAUAUGAGAGUUCCUCUAUUCAACAACCCUGUUCCACAUAUGAUGAAGACCAUGAGCACUGAACGACUAUUUUUAUUGGGCGACCCCAGAACAAACCAGAACCCAGCAUUACUCACAAUCAGCAUCCUCUUCUUCCGCUGGCACAAUGUUGUAUCUUCCAGAAUCCAGAAACACAACCCCGAUUGGAGUGAUGAGGACAUUUUUCAGAAAGCACGGAGAAUAGUUGUGGCAACCCUGCAAGAGCAUUUGCCUCCUUACAAAGGCUACAAACCUGAUAUUCAUCCAGGAGUAACGCAUGUCUUCCAAAGCGCCGCUUUCAGAUUUGGUCAUUCCUUAAUUCCUCCUGGAAUUUACAGGAGGGAUGCGCAGUGUAAUUACAAGAAAACGUCAAUGGGACAUAUGGCCUUGAGGUUGUGCUCCAGUUGGUGGGACUCUAACGAUGUCCUCACAAAUAACUCAGUGGAAGAGCUUCUCAUGGGUAUGACAUCCCAGUUAGCUGAGAGGGAAGAUUCAUUUCUUUGUUCUGACGUAAGAGACAAACUUUUUGGUCCAAUGGAAUUCUCUCGUAGAGAUCUAGGUGCUCUGAAUAUUAUGCGAGGAAGAGACAAUGGCUUACCAGAUUAUAAUUCAAUCAGGGCUCACUAUAAUUUGCCAAAGGUUGAGAAUUGGAUGGAUAUCAAUAAGAAGUUGUUCGAAGAAAAGCCGGAACUUUUGAGGUUAUUAGUAGCAGCAUAUUCGAAUGAUAUCGAAAACAUCGAUGUUUAUGUAGGAGGAAUGUUGGAGAGUUUUGGUAAACCUGGUGAACUAUUCAGAGCAGUUAUCAGGGAUCAAUUCUUGAGAAUUAGAGAUGCUGAUAGAUUCUGGUUCGAAAAUGAGAGCAAUGAAUUAUUCUCAAAACAGGAAAUCGAAGAGAUACGAAAGAUUACUAUGUGGGAUAUUAUCGUCAAUAGUACGAAUAUUGAUCCGAAAGCUAUCCAGAAGAAUGUAUUUUUUUGGGUGAAGGGUGACCCUUGUCCACAACCUAUGCAAUUGAACAUCAGUAUCAUGGAACCUUGCAAAACUAUAAGUGGAUAUGAUUAUUUUGAGGGAAACGAAAUGGUUUAUAUCUACGCUUGUGUAUUCCUUGGCUUCGUUCCCAUUUUGUGCGCAGGCGCAGGAUACGGUGUGGUGAAACUACAGAACAGGCGCAGGCGACGACUGAAGAUAAAACAAGAAGAACUACGAAACGGCGAAUUCAAACUUCCUGUUGAUACGAUGAUAGUUCAGGAAUGGCUGCAUGCCAAUCAUAGGAGGGUUGUUAAGAUCAAGUUCGGACCUGAGGCUGCUAUACAUGUAAUAGGACGAAAAGGGGAGAAACUCAGAACGGUGAACUUGAAGAAUACGGAUACUGUUGUAAUCGAAGAAUCUAUAGAUGUUACAGUGAAGAAAAAUCCGAUGAUACUUAUUCAUGUACCGAGAGACCACGAUUUGGUAUUGGAAGUGGAUUCUGUUGGUUCGAAGAAAAAAUUCAUCAACAAGCUUCAAACUUUCUUGAACAUGAAUAAGAAGAAUCUCAUCUGUACAGGGAUAGUAAGAGAAAUCAUGUUGGCCAAAGCUGAAACACGACAGCGCCGUGAAAAAAAGUUGGAGCACUUUUUCAGAGAGGCUUAUGCCCUCACCUUUGGUCUGAGACCAGGAGAAAAACGGAGAUGGUUGGAUACUACAAUCGAUGGCGAAGUAGUUACAGUAAUGCGUACUUCGUUAACAGAAAGCGAGUUUGCGAAUGCUCUUGGCAUGAAACCGGAUGCAAUAUUCGUGCAGAAGAUGUUCAACAUCGUUGAUAAGGAUAAGGAUGGAAGGAUAUCAUUUCAAGAGUUUUUGGAUACGGUAGUGUUGUUCUCUCGUGGGAAGGCAGAAGACAAAUUGCGAAUUAUUUUCGACAUGUGUGAUGAUGACCGGAAUGGUGAGAUUGACAAAAAAGAACUGUCUGAAAUGCUAAGAUCAUUAGUGGAAAUUGCUAGAACGACAAGGUUAUCUGAUGAUCAUGUCACAGAACUCAUCAAUGGGAUGUUCCAGGAUGUUGGUUUAGAACACAAAUUGUAUCUAUCCUAUGAUGACUUUCGAAUCAUGAUGAAAGAGUACAAAGGUGAUUUUGUGGCAAUUGGCCUAGACUGCAAAGGUGUCAAACAAAAUUUCUUGGAUACUUCUACAAAUGUUGCAAGGAUGACCAGUUUCCAUAUCGAGCCUAAUAUGGAUCAGGAAAAGAAUUUCGUCAGAUUGAAAUGGGAUACACUCACCACGUUCUUGGAAGAGAAUAGACAGAACAUAUUUUAUCUAUUCUUGUUCUAUGUUUUCACGAUAUUACUAUUCAUAGAAAGAUUCAUACAUUACUCCUUUAUGGCUGAACACACAGACUUGAGACAUAUCAUGGGUGUAGGAAUAGCAAUCACCAGAGGAUCAGCGGCAUCAUUAUCCUUUUGCUAUAGCAUCUUACUCCUCACUAUGUCUAGGAAUCUCAUAACGAAACUGAAACAAUUUUCGAUACAGCAGUACAUUCCUUUGGAUACCCAUAUACAGUUCCACAAAAUAUCGGCUUGUACUGCUUUAUUCUUCUCGCUCCUGCAUACAGUGGGACACAUCAUCAACUUCUAUCAUGUCUCGACACAGCCAGUUGAAAAUCUCAAAUGUCUCACAAAUGAAGUCAGGUUUCCUUCUGAUUAUAAACCAGGAAUUACAUUUUGGUUAUUCCAAACUAUAACAGAUGUAAUCGAAACCGAACUUUUACCUUCUGAUGUCAUCAAAAUAAAAUUCUACAGACCGCCGAAUUUGAAAUAUCUCUCUGGUCAGUGGGUGAGACUAGGUUGUACAGCAUUCAGGGACUACGAGUUUCAUUCUUUCACCCUCACCUCUGCACCGCAUGAGAAUUUCCUGUCAUGCCACAUUAAAGCACAAGGUCCAUGGACGUGGAAACUCCGUAACUACUUCGAUCCAUGCAACUACAACGCCGAAGAUCAGCCGAAAAUUCUGCUGGAAGGUCCCUUCGGCGGCGGCAACCAGGACUGGUACAAGUUCGAGGUUGCUGUCAUGGUGGGCGGUGGCAUUGGUGUUACCCCAUACGCUUCGAUAUUGAACGAUUUGGUGUUCGGAACAUCGACAAAUAGAUAUUCGGGGGUGGCAUGUAAAAAGGUGUAUUUCCUAUGGAUAUGUCCAUCCCACAAACACUUCGAAUGGUUCAUCGACGUACUUCGAGACGUCGAAAACAAAGACGUCACCAACGUUUUAGAAAUUCAUAUAUUCAUCACUCAGUUCUUCCACAAAUUCGAUUUGCGAACAACCAUGUUGUACAUAUGCGAGAAUCAUUUCCAGAGGUUAUCGAAGACUUCAAUCUUCACCGGAUUGAAAGCAGUCAAUCAUUUUGGCAGGCCUGAUAUGACAUCAUUCCUUAAGUUUGUUCAGAAACGUCAUAGUUAUAAAAACGUUCUACAAAACAGACAUCAUCUAAAAGGCAAAAAUAUCAGUAUCAUUGAGGAUCAAACGACCAAACAGAGAGAGGAACAUAAAUUGCUAAGAAAAUAUCUUUUCCAAGCCAAACAAGAAGAGGGAAAUACGUGCUACAUCAGGAAUAACAAGCUGCAUGUAAACCAGGAUGUGUAUACAAUAUCAGAUUUGUUGAAGCUAGAUGCUCAAUCACAGGUAGAAGAUACUGAGGUUAAAAGUGCACCACCUACUCCUACAUUAACCACAACGAGAAGCAUAAUACAAGUAGACCGAGACCGAGAAACCAAACGCCAACCUUCUACUAGUAACGAUCCAAGACCAGAUAAAGCCGCAACAACAGCGAGUGGAGCCAUAAAGAAACAAACGUCCAAACUAGUGGAAACAAUACCUAGAACCCGCUCGUUUUCUCGCAAGGAACAGUGA